CGUAUGCGGGAGAAGGAAGGGGUGGGAAUCUGAGGAGGAGACUACCUUUUUAUUAUUAUUUUUAAUUUUUUUUUUUUUACAUUAUUUUCGCCGUACGAGGAGGACGCUCGGAAUUCACCGGCCUGUCGGCUCCCGAGAGGGACCCGGGGAUCGCGCGGCCGCUUUUCUUCGUCGUCUUUUUUUUUUUUUUUUGCCCAUUUGGUUUGUUUGUUUGCUUGCUUUGAUUUGGGUGGUUGUUUUUUUUUAUUAUUUUAUUAUUUUUAUCAUUUUCCUUUUUCCGCUGAGCAGCAGCGGCGGCGGCAGCAGCAGCAAUAUGGCUGGUGAUGGGUUUUUUGGGGGGCGCUGGCGGCGGGAGGAGCUCUCGGAAGCCCCUGCGCGCCCGGCUCGCUGUUAGCUAUGGCAAAUGGCAGCGGCGGCGGCGGCGGCUCCUACCCGGGCGGCAGCGGCGGCGGCGGCGGCGGCGGCGGCAUUAGAAUGAGUAACAAUAUCAACGCCAACAAUCUCAACACAGACUCGUCCUCCUCCCCCGUCAAUGUGCCCAAGAUGGAUGCGCUCAUCAUCCCGGUGACCAUGGAGGUGCCCUGCGAUAGCCGCGGACAGCGCAUGUGGUGGGCUUUCCUCGCCUCAUCCAUGGUCACUUUCUUUGGGGGACUGUUUAUCAUCCUGCUGUGGAGGACCCUCAAGUACCUGUGGACUGUCUGCUGCCACUGCGGGGUCAAAAACAAGGAGGCCCAGAAGAUCAAUGGUGGUGGAGAUACACAGGUAGAUGGGGCCUGCAAACCAACAGAUGAAAAAGAGGAGAAUGUGGCAGCAGAAGUAGGAUGGAUGACCUCCGUGAAGGACUGGGCAGGAGUCAUGAUAUCUGCCCAGACGUUAACUGGCAGAGUACUUGUUGUCCUAGUCUUCGCUCUUAGUAUUGGUGCUCUUGUAAUAUACUUCAUAGAUUCAUCAAAGAGCCGUACAGCAGACUCAUUGAUCCCAAUAGAAUCCUGCCAGAAUUUCUACAAAGAUUUCACAUUACAGAUCGACAUGGCUUUCAAUGUGUUCUUCCUACUCUACUUCGGCUUGCGUUUCAUAGCAGCCAAUGACAAGCUAUGGUUUUGGCUAGAAGUUAACUCAGUAGUAGAUUUCUUCACGGUCCCUCCAGUGUUUGUGUCAGUAUAUUUAAACAGAAGUUGGCUUGGCUUAAGGUUUUUAAGAGCCCUUAGACUGAUACAGUUUUCAGAAAUUUUGCAGUUUCUGAAUAUCCUUAAAACAAGUAAUUCCAUCAAGCUAGUGAAUCUGUGCUCUAUAUUUAUCAGCACGUGGCUGACAGCAGCUGGGUUCAUACAUUUGGUGGAGAACUCAGGGGAUCCAUGGGAAAAUUUCCAAAAUAAUCAACCGCUAACAUAUUGGGAAUGUGUUUAUUUACUGAUGGUUACAAUGUCCACUGUUGGCUAUGGAGAUGUUUAUGCAAAAACAACCCUUGGUCGCCUUUUCAUGGUCUUCUUCAUCCUUGGGGGAUUGGCAAUGUUUGCUCGCUACGUGCCAGAAAUUGCUGCUCUCAUCCUUAAUCGGAAGAAAUACGGCGGGACUUUUAACUCAACUCGAGGCAGAAAGCACAUAGUUGUCUGUGGUCACAUAACACUUGAAAGUGUGUCCAACUUCCUGAAGGACUUCCUGCACAAGGAUAGGGAUGAUGUCAACGUAGAAAUCGUCUUUCUGCAUAAUAUCUCCCCUAACCUUGAGCUGGAAGCUCUUUUUAAACGACACUUCACUCAGGUGGAAUUUUAUCAGGGUUCAGUCCUUAAUCCCCAUGACCUGGCGAGAGUGAAGAUAGAGUCAGCGGAUGCGUGCCUAAUCCUUGCCAAUAAAUACUGCGCUGACCCAGAUGCUGAAGAUGCCUCCAAUAUUAUGAGAGUUAUUUCAAUAAAGAAUUAUCAUCCGAAGAUAAGAAUUAUCACUCAGAUGCUGCAGUAUCACAAUAAGGCCCAUCUGCUAAAUAUCCCAAGCUGGAACUGGAAAGAAGGGGAUGAUGCAAUCUGUCUUGCUGAGCUCAAGCUGGGUUUCAUAGCCCAGAGCUGCCUGGCACCGGGCCUUUCAACAAUGUUAGCCAACCUCUUCUCUAUGAGAUCAUUCAUAAAGAUUGAGGAGGAUACGUGGCAGAAAUACUACCUGGAAGGAGUUGCAAAUGAAAUGUAUACAGAAUAUCUGUCUAGUGCCUUUGUGGGUUUGUCCUUCCCUGCAGUUUGUGAACUGGUGUUUGCGAAACUAAAGCUCUUAAUGAUAGCCAUAGAAUACAAGUCGGAAAAACGAGAAAGCAGAAGCCGAAAGCGUAUAUUAAUCAAUCCUGGAAACCAUGUCAAGAUUCAAGAAGGUACUUUAGGAUUCUUCAUUGCAAGUGAUGCCAAAGAAGUAAAAAGGGCAUUUUUUUACUGCAAGGCCUGUCAUGAUGACAUCACAGAUCCCAAAAGGAUAAAAAAAUGUGGCUGCAAACGGCCCACAAGGAGAGCAAAGCACAUGGAAAGCAUGCCUGAUGUGGAAGGAAUGUAUGCAUUGCCUAACAUAUUGGAAAAAAAUUGUUCAAGAACAGUUUAUCCAUGUGAGAAUGUGACCUUUGAACUGCUGCCAAAGCCAAUGAGGCUGCUGAGAAACCGGGGAGAAAACAGAGUAUCCUGUGAUCCAGCCAACACUAUGGAUAUAUUACCAGCAGCAGGGCCAUGGAGAGCCAAGAUGUCCAUCUACAAGAGAAUGAAACUGGCAUGUUGUUUUGAUUGCGGACGCUCUGAGCGUGACUGCUCUUGCAUGUCAGGCAGUGUACAUAGUAACAUGGACACCCUUGAGAGAGCCUUCCCACUUUCUUCUGUCUCUGUUAAUGAUUGCUCCACCAGUUUACGUGCCUUUGAAGAUGAGCAGCCGUCGACACUAUCACCCAAAAAAAAGCAGCGAAACGGAGGCAUGCGAAAUUCACCCAACUCCUCGCCCAAACUGAUGAGGCAUGACCCCUUGUUAAUUCCUGGCAACGAGCAGAUUGACAAUAUGGAUGCCAAUGUGAAAAAAUAUGACUCUACAGGGAUGUUUCAUUGGUGUCCAGCCAAGGACAUUGAAAAGGUCAUUUUGACUCGAAGUGAAGCAGCGAUGACAGUUUUAAGUGGGCAUGUAGUCGUUUGCAUAUUUGGGGAUGUUAAAUCUGCUUUGAUUGGAUUAAGAAAUUUAGUGAUGCCAUUACGAGCCAGCAACUUUCACUACCAUGAACUCAAGCACAUUGUGUUUGUGGGUUCACUUGAAUACCUGAGAAGGGAAUGGGAGACACUGCAUAACUUCCCCAAGGUUUCAAUCUUGCCUGGUACGCCAUUAAGUCGGGCUGAUUUAAGGGCUGUCAACAUCAACCUCUGCGACAUGUGCGUUAUCCUGUCAGCCAAUCAGAAUAAUAUUGAUGAUGCUUCGCUGCAGGACAAGGAAUGCAUCUUGGCGUCACUCAACAUCAAAUCUAUGCAGUUUGAUGACAGCAUUGGGGUCUUGCAGGCUAAUUCCCAAGGCUUUACACCCCCUGGGAUGGAUAGGUCAUCUCCAGACAACAGUCCAGUCCAUGGCCUGUUACGUCAACCCUCCAUUACAACAGGAGCCAACAUCCCUAUUAUAACAGAGCUAGUAAAUGAUUCAAAUGUUCAGUUCUUGGACCAAGAUGAUGAUGAUGAUCCAGACACAGAAUUGUAUCUCACGCAACCCUUUGCAUGUGGAACCGCAUUUGCUGUCAGUGUGCUGGACUCUCUCAUGAGCGCAACAUACUUCAAUGACAAUAUCCUCACACUGAUACGGACAUUGGUAACAGGAGGAGCCACACCAGAGCUGGAAGCACUGAUUGCUGAGGAAAAUGCAUUGAGAGGAGGUUACAGCACGCCCCAGACACUUGCAAACAGGGACAGGUGUCGAGUUGCUCAGUUGGCUUUGUAUGAUGGGCCGUUUGCAGACCUAGGGGAUGGAGGUUGUUACGGAGAUCUAUUUUGUAAAGCACUGAAAACAUACAAUAUGCUUUGCUUUGGAAUUUAUCGAUUAAGGGAUGCACAUCUAAGUACUCCCAGCCAAUGCACUAAACGUUAUGUUAUCACAAACCCACCAUAUGAAUUUGAGCUUGUGCCGACAGACUUGAUCUUCUGUUUGAUGCAAUUUGACCACAACGCUGGCCAGUCCCGGGCCAGUCUUUCUCAUUCCUCCCAUUCCUCCUAUUCUUCCAGCAAGAAGAGCUCAUCAGUUCACUCCAUCCCAUCAACAGCAAACCGACCGAACCGCACCAAGACCAGGGAUUCCCGGGAAAAACAGAAUGCAACAAGGAUGAAUAGAAUGGGCCAAGCAGAAAAGAAAUGGUUUACAGAUGAGCCGGAUAAUGCCUAUCCCAGAAACAUUCAAAUCAAGCCCAUGAGCACUCACAUGGCCAAUCAGAUCAAUCAAUAUAAAUCGACAAGCAGCUUGAUACCACCAAUCAGAGAAGUUGAAGAUGAAUGUUGACUCCUUCAAGGCCAGAACUAUUUUUAUAAAGCCUGACAAACUUCAUGAAUGGUGAUGUGACAUUUAUUCCUCUUACAUGCUGAACCACUGAUGGAGAAGUUAAGGGCAAGCUUAAUGGGAAAAUAAAGUAGACAGAUCUUUGUUUGUCUGCCUUUAAUAUUGCUUCCACGUAUUUUGGAAACUAUUUCAUUUAUAAAUGAACAUAAUCAAAACUAGUCAUGUAUAGCCUCUAGCAUUUUAAAUUAUUUUUAUUUAUUAGAAAAAAAUAUAUUUUUCUUUUUUUUUUUCAUUGUCAAGUAUUUUCCCUUAAAGAAAACUGCAUAUGUGGCCAGACUCCUAAGAAUUUAAAAAAAACCAAACCUCAGUCUUUGGCAUAAAGGAGAAUGAUGGUCACAGCUAUGAGGACAUGUAAUUAAGGGAGACAAAUGAUAUAUUUACAAAAAGGAAAAAAGGUCCAACUUGUAUUUUAGUAAAUCAAAAAAAAAAAGAAGGAAAAAAAAAAAAAGAACAGUUCACCAAAAUGUUUCUUUACUGGAGGAUGUGUAUUUUGUUCAGCAUUGACACCAGCUCUUAAUAAACUGAACUUAUUUAUUUUCAAAGUUGAAAGUCAUAUUUUUGUACAUGUAACAUUCUUCUCAAAUAUUCUUUGUUUUAUUACCAUACACAGGUCAUCUUAAUUGCCAGUUAUGUUAAGGUCCAAUAAUGCCCCCCCCACACACACUGCGCCCCCUCCCCGCCCCCCCCCCAGAGAAGCCCAGCAUCCUUGAUAACCUUCUGCAACACUGGCGUAGUGAACAUCACUACCCUAAACCAAAGGCCACGUAGAUAAGGUGUUCACAGGCAGCACUUGCUACAAGUGGCAAAUCUGGCAAUUCCACUCCACUUCCCAUUAGCCAUCAGCAGUUGCUAAUUUCAGGAAGGCAAGUUUGGCAAUUUCUCUUCUUUUGCCAUGUAUUACAGUGCUUUAAUCCAGAGUGCAUAAAUAGUGCAUGAAAUCAUAAGUUAUAAACCUUCUCAUCUACCAUAUUUUGUUGGUUCCUUACUUCAAAAGUGCUGAUGACCUUGCAUCACUCUUGUUUAUUUAGUUCAAAUUCUUCCUGCUAUGUAUAGAGGUUUAGCUCCAGAGCUUUGCACAUUGGUGAUAGCUCAUACCUUGGUAAAAGGCAUGCUGAAUCUCUUUUUGGUGAGUUCAGAUCAGGAUAAGAACUGGUUUAGCCUCAGCUUUAUAAUCUCACCACAUGCUGUUCUCAGUUAAUUCCUGCACCAAGCAGCAUCUUAUUUUAGCAGUUACUUUUUUUCUUUAAUUUAUUUUCACUUUGCUGGGACACCACACAUAAAAGUACAGUAAUAACCAAAUCAAAACAAAAGUAAUGAAUGUAUUUAUUAUGAUAACUUACUUACAAAAGGUCUUUGAUGGGUGCCUUUUGUGUCAGCAGUUUCACAAAGUUGCCAACAAGCUUUAUAGCCAUCAGACAAAAAUGUGAUGUUUCAUAUCUGUGCUGCAGUAUCUAUCCACCCAAGCAUUUGAUGUUCUAAAUGAUUUAGUAACUCUCUCUAUCUCAAAUUAGCAACAUCUGACACAAUUGUGUGAAGAAAAAAAAAAGAAGAAAAGGCUGUGCUAAUAAGGAUUAAAACAAAAACAUAAGACCCAGUCAUCAGGAAAGGGAGAGUUUCAUUGUGCAAGUUAACUUUAGGCUUUGUAAUUUUGCAGAAUUGUUAAACACCACAAUAAAACAUACCGUGGUACUUUUAUCAUUAGAGAAAUACCAGUGAAUCAAAUAAAUACAAAGCAGAUGAUGAAUUUAUUGUGAAAACAAUGAUGUCCACUAUAUAAUCCAACAUUUAAGCUAAACUAUCUGAGCUUUAAUGUUUGUCCACUGGCUGCAGUACGAAUAUAACCAUACUAACAUCUAAUAAGCUUUAUUCUGGAGUGACAUCUUGGACUGUGACUACUUUGUUGUUACAUUUUUGUAGAAUAGCUCUUUAAAGACAAUAACAAGAAUUGUUAAUACAGUAUCUGUAAAAUUGGAUUGUUUAAAAUAUUUCACUCUCCUACAAAGUAACAAAAUUUAAGCAGUAUUUCAUUAUCAUUUAGACCAUGUUUAACCCAUUUCACAGUCCCCAAACCAGAAGAUGAUUCUGGUGAGUUCUUCCAAUAUAUGCUGCUUCAGCUAGUGACAUGUUAUAAUCUACAUCCAGUUUCUGUGUUGGGUCAUGUUAAGCCUUUACUUUGAAGUCAGUGCUCCUUUUUCAUUUAUGAACUGCAUUCAUAUUAUAACCAGAGUGAAAAAGCUGGUCCUGAGUACAGGAGAAUUUUUGAAAUUUGUAUUCAACUUUUCACUAAGUAACAUGCAAUUUUUUUUUUUUUUUUUUUUUUUGGAAGACUGGUGUUUACUGUAAGGGUAUAGAACUUUAUAACUUAUACUUUAUCACAUACAGUGCCAUUUCUGAAUGUCCUUCCUUCCUUCCGAAGUGAGCGUUCACUGGAUAAAACAUACUAAUGAAUCAAAUACAAUACUCCUACAUAGCUAAGCUUUGUGUGCAUCUCUGUCCAGUUUAACUGUCACACCCAAAAAUAUUGUGCUGCCAACUGUACGUAAAUAAAGGACAAGAUCUGAAUACACUCACGCUCUCUCCCAGCACAGCUAGUUCCAUAUGUAACAACGAUAGAUAGAACAACACCUGCAGAGAGCGAGCGAGACAGAGAGAAACAGGUAUAGUUAUGGGUUUGCGUUUCCCAUUUAUAGAAAAGCUAAGAACAAUCAAUAAUCUUUUCUUACUCCUCUUUUUGAUGAUCAAAGAUGCAGGACUGACUUCUGGCAAUUAGAUGGAGGAACAUGUAGAAAACCUGUUGGAGAUCUUUGACAUUCAGCCAUUAAAGACUACAAUAAGGCCCACACCAAUAUUUGGAUAUAUGAAGUUACAUCAAGGCAAGUGGCUGGGAAAGUGGCCUAAGUGACAGCUGACAGAUCACACGAUGACUGAUGCAGAAACAAGUUUUUGAUCUUUAUUAAUAAUUCUUACUACUUUCUUAAAAGACAACAAAAAGGGAAUUUCAGCUCUUUCAUUAACUGCAUGCACAAUUAAUAUGGGCUAAACAUUUUUGGGGGAGGGGUAACAUUCAUUGGAUAGACAAUGUGUCUCUGUGUGUGUGUGUUUGCAUAUAUGCAUGUCCACAGAUAUAUGUAUGUGUGGGUAUAUACAUGCAUAUAUAUAUAGAGAGAGAGAGGUGUAUAUGUAUUUGAUACAGAGUCAUCACAAAAAGAUGGUCAUUAUUUUUUUAGGGGUCUGGUGUGAAGAAAGUCACAAAUAAAAAGAAAAUAUGUGACUUCUUUUACAGACUGGCACAUGAAGGCAUUGUACCUGCUAUUUCCUCCUGGUUUGACCAAAAAACCAGCCAUUCCUGGUAGUUAUAUUAGCGGUGCACUGACAGUAUGCUGCAGAAACCUCUCUGACUGCUGAAGCAGGUGUGUGCCCCAGUCCCUGCUUGCACUCAUCCAUGCACAUGCAUGCCCCCACAUUGCCAGAAAGCCUGCUGUCUCUCUGUCUCAUGGCUAUUAUUUUAAUUGGUCCCCUGAAGUUCAUGAGCACUAAGAUGAAAGGAUAAAACUGUCCUCCGAUGGGGUGUUGUUUGGGUGGCCAGUGACAAGCACAGCUAACAUUAAGGUGUAAAGAAAAUAAACUAUUCAGAGUCUAAAUGCAAUUUUUUAAGGCUUCAAUGUGGCCAUUUUACUGUUGCUUGUAAGAUGAUAAGUAUAUGAUGUAUUUAUUAAUAGAAAAAAAAAAAAGAUGCAAACAUUUUCUUGUACUUUUCAAAAGCUUUCUAAAACUGUCACCCCCGUUUUAACAGGUCUUCUUUCAAAUCAACAUCAAUGGCCAAACAGUAGGAAGUACACUUGGCAGAAAGCACAAACUCCUUGCUCUGGUGCAUGAUCAGUUAUACAGUGCUGCAGGUUUACGGACAACAUUGUUAUUCCACCUGUAACACAAAGGGACCCUGCAAGCCCUACUAGCCCAAAAGCCAGGAGAGUAGGGACAGAGAAAGCAUGGGCUGAGAGGGACAUGACACAUCCAGGUCCUCAAGCAAAUGUAACCAUGUGGCUAUCUCCAAGCCAUUUUUGAUGGGAAAGCCAGUGCUGCUUAUACAAGGCGAAGGCCAUGAGCUUCAGGAUAAUGAGAAUCUUGUGUAGCCUUAUUAAGCCACACAGAUGUCUUGAAAGAGUUGAUGAGUCUUCAGCAGCUUACAGGCUACUGCAGCGGCUGGGGCUGUACAGGAAGCCAGGUUUAGUCAUACUAAAGAUAUUUUUUUGCCCUAUAUUUGAAUGUUAAAGAAAAAGGCCACCCAAUGAUUCAGGCAGCAUGGAUGUUAAAAGACUUGGCCUCAGCCAAAUGUGAAAAAGAGGAAAAAUAGUUUGCAUGUAAUGUGCAAGAGACACUACAAAAGUAUUGUCUAUAGCCUUUUAAUAUAAGUUGUUGGGUGGUAAUGGGCAAGGUUGUUGUUGGAUUUCUUUUCUUUGGCCAGUGUAAGGAAGAUUUGCAUUUUUUUGAACUUUUCAUAGAGUAGAAGAAGAGGAAAGUAUACUAGUGUGUUCUCAUUCAGAGAGGACAGUUUUUGUUGGGGGGGGGGUGUGUGUGUCUGUGUGUGUGUGUGUGUGUGUGUGUGUAAACUACAACUACUGCAAUAAUUGGAUGCAUAAACUAAUGCAUGACAAAGCAAUAAUUUACAAAUAGGUGAUUGUGCAUGUUUUCACUGCUUGGUCACUCACCAGUGAAUCCAUAAACGUUAGCAACUGCCCUGUUCUAGCUGACUCACAUGAGCUCAAAGUUAAACACAGAGUAAGUGCUUAAAUGGUUUUAUCAAGAAGCAGGUUCUUAAGGGCUUCUGGAUCCCAAUGUAUCUGAAAAGAACACAUAUUGAGGCCGGGGUGGGGUGUGGUAUUUUGUUUUUAAAGCUGUUAUCAUUGUGAAUUUCUUUAGCACCAAAAGAAGUGUGUGUCUCACCUUUCAUUUCUAGUUUUUAAAUGUGCUUAAACAAAAUAACCAAGUGAGUGAAAGGCAUUGAACAGGACAAAGUGAAAACAGAAAUUCUUUCCCUGUGUUACAGUGGAUUGGCCUGGGAAUAUCUGUCAAAGUAAGUCAAUGGCAGAUGCAUAGAAAACUCCAGGGGAAAGGAGAGUUCUUUAUAGUCCUCCUUUUGUUUUCCUUUCCCUGCCAUCUGAACUACCAAUAUCCCCAACAUAUGAGCAAGAACUUUUUUAAUUUUUAUUUUUAUUUUAAUUCUAAGGGUAUUUGUUUGAACAAGUCCAGGCUUAGGGGAUAUAGUUUUUUAAAAAUCAUUAUAUAUGCACACCAGGUCUCCUAAUAUUCAGUUAGCAGGCAUAAUAUUUGUAAUACUUUCGUACUGAGCAAUACUAGUAGGUGUGGGUACAGCCCCCAUCUGAAAUAAUGAAAGGAAUGGAGUAGCUGUUCAGCUGUGGCCAGUGCCUAGGAUGGUACAUAGUCCUAUAGUAUUGACAAUUCUGCCCCAGCAUUUAUCAAAGCUAUAUUUAUAUAUGUAUCUAUUCUGCACAGAUAUUCUCUGCUAUAGAACAUGCAGCCACACUGAAACUGUAUAGUCUGUAAUGUGCAGUAGUCUAUAUAACCAAGUAAAUUCCACUGAAGUUAAUAGAUAGGACUGCUGGUCUAAUGUAUCUGUUUUAUAUAAUGGUGUACUACUGUUAACUGUCAAAAUGAGAAGGGGAAGGAAGAAAAUAUAGAAUAUAAAAUACUUUUUUAUUACUUUGGGUCUAAUUUAGAACAAUAUCUAACUUAAGAAGCUAAACACUAAUGCUGCAUCUAAUUAGAACCUUAGUGAGGUUGAGAGAAAGCUUCUUACUGCUUCAGUCAAUGCAUUUCAGAGGAGAUCUUUAUAACUUAAAAAAAACCCCAAACCAUAACACAACAUAUAGGCAGUUGAAUAAAUGUAAUAGAAAGCAUAGAUUUUUCAGAAACCAAAAAUUUGCCAUAUGAGCACUUUGUUGACUGGACAAUAACUAACAGGAACCACAUGAAAAGGUCAGCAGACGUUAUCUCAAGUUUUCCUUAAGUAUCAGUUAAAAAGUGCCACUUCUGCCAUGGCAUAGCUUGGGACACACAUGCUUAGCCAAUGCAAAUAAUCUAACCUCUGUCCAGAAAACAAGAAAAGAUGAUAUAACUUUAAUUUUUGCAUUUCUGUAGAGUUCAAAGGUGAUGGUUUUUUAAUUCCUUCAGGAAAACCACACAUGCAAACACAUAUAUACAAUAUAUUUUGAUGGCUACAUGUGUCUAUUUAGUUAUAAUUUGGGUGUGGGGUUGGGGGGGGUACACUGAGAACCAGCUGUCAUCUUGACUUAAAAGUUCAUCAAGAAAAAGGAGUAUGACUUCAUCAUUUUACUUUUUACCAUUAUGGGUUGGUGAGAGAGAACAAAUGCUGGUGCUCAGAAAUGAUCUACCUGACUUUGUCAUAUGUAAUAUCCAGUGAUAAAUAUAUUGUCCUGUAAAAAGGGUUUGUACAUAACUUGUACAUGGUUUCAUUUUGUAUUUUUCUCAGAUUAAAAUUUAUGUAUUUGUGUUCUAAAAGAA